AGAGGAAGUAAGUUUUUAUCUGGACAAAAUGGCGUCAGGUGGGUGUGAAGAUACUUCGGAUGAAGUAUUCAACUUUAAAUGUACACCUUGUGCCAAGAAAAAUGAAAACAGAGAAGCGGUAAAAUACUGUGUGGAAUGCCAAGGAUAUUGUUGCAGGUCAUGUGCAGAUAUUCAUAAAGUAUUUCCUACGUUAGAAGGACAUCAGUUUCUGGAUAAAUCGGAUUUCAAGUCGACAGAUAUAACAUCGGAUCUCCCGGAAAUACCAACAGUAAGAUGCCAUAUCCAUAAAGUAAAGGUUAUGGAUAUGUACUGUGGAAACCAUGACCUGGUCGGGUGUACGAGUUGUAUGGCUCUGACGCACAGGGCAUGUACAGAUGUACAAUUGAUACCGGAUGUCAUUAACGCUAUUUUUAAAAAGGCAGACGUAGAUAAAACAUCAGUAUUGCUACAAGACAAGAUAAAGCAGUUUGAGAAGAUUAUAGAUACACGUGUGGCACAUCUCAAAGAGUUGAAGGAUUCGAAGAUAGAAGCAACAUCUGCAAUGGAACAGUUUAAGAAAGAAUUGGAACAUAUGCUUCAAAGUCUUUUUAAAGAAUCUAUGAAUGAAGUGGAAGAAGAAUAUUGCAAAAGAGAGAGUAUGUUAAAUGAGGAGAAGAAGAAAGCCGAGACUGAAGUGGAAAAUAUAAAGCAAGCUGAUGAUACUAUGAGGCGAUCUGACGCAAAUAAAGCCCAACAAUUUGUCAGUAUGAAAGUCGCUCAAGAGAAAGUGGCCAAUGCUGCUGACGUUAUUAGCUCUAUGGAGACACUCUCUGAUAUAAAGCUAAAAUUUAAUGAGGACGAAAAUGUACGCGAUUCACUGCGUCGAUUAAAUACAUUAGGGACAGUGAAUUAUGCUUCACCUCUCAAACCUCGGUCGAGUGCCUAUUCAAUUAAAGGAACCAGCAACUUAAAUGUCAGGAUAACUGAUGAUAAAACUACAUGUAACAUAAUUAGUUCCUGUUUAACAGAAAAUGGACUGCUACUGAUGGCUGAUAAUAGCAAUAAGAAGCUGAAACGAGUGGAUACUGCUAAAAUGUCAGUUGUGGACCAGUGCGACAUUCCUGGCUCUCCUGUCUGUGUAUGCGGUACACGUAAACACGAAGCAGCAGUGUGUUUAACCAACUGUACUAUUCAGUUUGUCUCUCUAGCUGACAAAUUGACACUUACCUGUCAAUUAAGACUAGGACGUAAGGCUUACGGAAUUGCGUAUAAAGCGGAUAUUUUGUACGUUACAAACAAUGGAUUUGUUCUCUACAUGUAUGAUAUGAAAGGUAACAAGUUGAAGGAAAUAACAACAGACACUUCCGGAAAGCUCAGAAAGCUCAUUUUCCAAAUCAGCAAACAAAUUAUUUUCAAUGACAGCGAGAACAAACUACUAAUCGUUGACUGGAGCGACAGAGUCAUAACUCUAGACACUGAAGGAAGAUAUAUCAACUCAAUGAGUGAUUCUAACAUUACUUGUGCUCAUGGUGUGUGUACGGAUGGAAGAGGAAACGUGUUUGUAUGUGGAUAUCAAUCCCAUAAUGUUAUACAGAUGAGGGAAAAUGGGAAUACGUUAGGGGCUAUCUUGACAUCAUCAAAUGGAAUUUACUACCCAUGGUCAGUUUGUUUUGAUCAUAGGCGAUGCAUCCUAUACGUAGGCCAACAAUUUAGUGAUGAAGUGAAAGUCUUUAAAUUGCAAUGAAGCUAUAUAAAAACAUCAUCAUUAGGACAGUACAAUAAUGGAAUCUUAUCUACGCCAGCACAGAAUGUUCACCUACUUUGAUGUCUUCAGGUAACUCCUCACUUCACAAUCUUCACAAGAUAUGACACUGUUUAUAGUUUAAAUAUUUUAACACACGAGACACUGUGUGUCACAACGAUGUUUCAUUGAGCUUCUUCUGUUCUUUGAAGAGACCAGCUCAGUAUAUGAAAGAAAAAGAGGAAUAGUUCUUUACAUAUGAGUUAACACAAUGAACUCAACAGAGCAAAAUGUUUUCAUGACAUAGCAUCAAUAUUUACUGCUUACUGACUUUUCAAACGUAAUAUUAGCUGAUAUAGUUCAACAGAAAGUUUUGAUUUGCAUGGAGGACGACUUAUCACGAGGCUGUUAUUUUUGAAACUUUUAACAAUUACGGAUGACAUUUGAAUGUUUUUAGAGGACUGGUGAAAAGCACGAUUGCAUCUUUGUGGUCUCUGAUCAUUUUUGCAACGAUUUUAUGUUUUCGAAGGAGGUCUUAUGUCACAUGUGUUAUAUUUAUAACUAUUCUGUCUCCUACUAACAUUGUAUCGGAAAACUGAGGGACCACCGUGGGCGCGAUGUUAAGAUGAUUUCUAAUCACUCCCCACUCCUUACAACUGUUUGUUGGGUCGUCAUGUGCCUUGAAUGAUAACUGGAGAGGUCGUCGAUAUCUUCCUCCACCACUGAAGCUGGCAAGGAACCAUUUGAUCAGAACUAUGUGAUUGUGACUUAGAAUCGAGCCAACUAAACAUACAAUUUAACUGAGUAUUCGGUGUUGGUCAAUGCCCUUGACGGUAGACGCUUGCAGUCUUAUGCUAUCCAUGAAUGUUUCAAAAUGUAUUUUCACAGCAGUUAAAAGUCCAGUUACAAAAUAUUUAUCACGUUUUACACCUUUCACUCUCCGCAGUUCCAAAGCUUUUAUUUAGUGAUUAAAGACCCACCACAGAAAGUAAAACUUGUAUACAGAUCUACUGUCAUGUGUGUGUUAUAUAUUUGUAUGUAUUCUACCGCUUGUUGAUAUUGUUUUCAUUCAUACUUAUCGCAAAAAUGUCCAUGAUAUGUUUAAUGCACUGAGGAGCCAUCAUGCUCAACGGUUGAGAUGGCCUCACAUCCGUUUGUCUGAGCCCUGCAUAGGCCACACUGUCUUUAAUAAUACUUUGAGAAGUAUUUACAAAUGAUGAUAAUUACACAUGAUUAAUAUUGAAAGAUUGGAAAAUAGAGGUACGUACUUUGUUUUUACAGUUGAAAAAUUACAAGUGACAUUUUGGAGGCAAAGAUUCGGGUGUUAACUGUACACACAGAAGUAAGUAGUUAAGUUUAGUCCACACUUCAUUUAAUAAACUGUUUUUAAAUCACACCGAAAGAAGUUUUACCUAAUUGAAAAAGUUGAAAAGCAGAUACUUCAAAGUUUUGAGAUAAAAUAACUCCUGAAGGGCCUUCAGUUGUUGUUGCUGCAUUAUCAUUUUAUUAUCAGAAUGAUUUUCAUGAAGUGGGUGAAAAGGUUGCUCAGUAGACGUCUUUACAGGUCUUUAUGAAAAUAUGGCAUUACUAGGAUAUAUAUACUUUGUGAAUGCAGAUCAAUAUUACAUAUCUAAAAUGAAAUACAAUUGUGUAUUUUUUUGUUUCUGAGGGUGUAUGUAAUCAGAUAACUAGUUUUUUUAAACGUAGCUCUAUCCUCUGUUAUCUAAAUACAUGUAUGUGUAAUACUAGUGUUCGUAGUUCAAUAAAUAGGUUGCAUACUAAUAAACACUAAAAAUUAA